AUGGACAGAACUUCGAUGGUGAAAGACUAUUACAAAUUUGUCUUUAACUGUACAUGUGACGAGAAUGAGUGUUACCAGAGUCCGUCGUAUUUGAUGUUCAGAGAGUUGUUAUGUCAAGGCGUAUACAAUGAAUCUGUAUCAUUCAACGGAACUAUCCCGGAUUACUCAUUGUUCAGAAAACAGAUAUCGUUCACUGGUCGCGUAUUGCUUGGCAUUGCUUAUACUGCCGUGAUCAUACUAUCCCUGUGUGGGAACGUUGUCGUGGUGAUUACUCUUUCCAAAAUCAAACGUCCUAGAAACAAUAUGAACGCCUAUCUGAUAAACCUGGCUGUAGCCGAUAUAUUGAUGGCGAUGUUUUGUAUGCCGUUCACGCUUGUUUAUAUUGUGUUCCAGCAAUGGAUGUUCGAAGAUAUACUUUGUCCAAUUGUACAGUUUACCAAACAGGUCUCAGUAAUGGUCAGUAUUUUCACCUUGAUGGUCGUCGGUAUAGACAGAUACAGAGCAGUCGCAUUACCAUUACAAACGCAUAUAAAUUACCAGAGAUACCGCAAAGUUGUCAUAAUAGGACUAGUUUGGAGUAUAGCUAUAUUGCUGAGCACUGUACAGUUGAUCACAGUACGAGCAGUGGAGAAGGGCGUGACUAAUGCUCUGAUGAAUGAAUCAAAAAAGUCGUGUAGUGAGGUGUGGGCCGAUAAUCAGACGGCGACAAUUGCGUAUGAGAUGUUUAUAUUUGGUGUCAUCUUUCUCAGUCCUUUCUUCGUCUUUGCUGUGACAUAUGGCGGCAUAACCAGACGAUUAUGGUCGAAAAGUAUCCCAGGACAGGAUGACCGCAAUAAAGAUGCCAUUCGCCGAAAUAACACAUUAAAGAUAAUACGAAUGGUUCUAAUGGUCGUCUGUGUCUUCUUUAUCUGCUGGCUACCACUUCAGACUUUACGCCUUGUUAUAGUAUUUGACCCAGACGUGAUGAUCGGUGAGAGUGGAUGGCUUAUUAUAAGACUAUACUUAUUUGUGCAUUUACUGGCUAUGUCGCACAGCUUUGUGAAUCCCUUCAUAUAUACAUUUCUGCAUGAAAACUUCAAGAAAGAUGCAAGGGAGGCUUUCAUGAUGUACCAAUCGUGUUGUACGAAACAUAACGCAAUGAGUUUCAGUAUGAGUAGUUCACGGUCUCGCACCUUAGCACAGUCAUCAAUGAAACAGUCUUCACGUCUGAGUAAAGGAAGAUUAAGCUCUACGAGUAGCAAGGGCAAUCGCCAGCCGUCGUUAACGUAA